CGGACGAGGCUCGGGGCGCGCGGCAGCCGCCCCGCCGGGCGCUCCUCCUCGCGCCCAGGGGGCAGGGCCCGCAGAGGAGGGAGUGCGGGGCCCGCGGACUUCGUGGAGGCGUGCAGGCCCUGGCUCGACGUGGUCGCCCAGGCGAAUUUUGACCUCAACCGCGACACUCUCGUGUCGAGCGUCCAGCCGGAGUCGGUGCUGGGGUGCGCCCAGGAGUGCAUCCGGGCGUGCGGCCGGCCAGUGGACUGCGCCCUCCUGUGCUGUUCGGCGCUGCGGGUCACCGGCGAGGGCUUCAUCGACCGUGCGGAGCAGGCCCUGGGGGUGCCGGUGCUGACCUCCAAUCAGUGCCUGAUCUGGGAGAGCCUCCACGCCGCCGCCGGCAGCGAGGACACGGCCAUACAGAGGUCCGAGGUGGAGGCCGUGCGCGGCUACGGGCGGCUCUUCGCGCUGGGGCGGCCCGGCGAGGAGCCCGGCGGGAGGAGCGGGCAGCGCGGCGCCUGACGGCUGGACUGGCCCGGGAGACAGCUGGCGUCUCCGUCGGAGGAAGGAGGGAGGCGACACCACCACCACCACCAGCAGGUAUGCUUUUGAGGAGGUGGCGCGAGGGCGGCGGCCUGGGCCUUCUGAGAAGGCAGCCAGCUGCAGCGCACAUCAGUCAGGCACGCGCGCCGCCGCCUCGCUGCGGGCGCUCCCCCGCGCCGCCGCGGGCGGCGAGGGCGCAGUGGCCGCAGAGGUGCCGGCGGGGGCCGCGCGCGGUGCGGCGCCCGACGGUUGGGCCCGUGGCCUGUGUGCGGCGCUCCCGCAUCCUCCUCCCUCCU